AGCCAGUUCCGCCGUCGCGCGCCGGGCGGCUGCGCAGGCUCCGCAGCACCCCCAGCAGCGCAGACCUGCGGGAGGUUAGGGGUGUUAACGGCGGCGGGUGCCCGCUAUUGCGCAGGCGCCUCACGAAGGUCUGCGCCUGGUCGCGGGCCCUUCACGUCGCCCUCGCCCCGGAUACCCACGAUCCGGCGCCGGGUCCCGUAAGCGCCGGCUCCCGAGCGGCGGCGGCGGCGGCGGCGGCGGCGGCGGGAACCCUGAUCAUUCUCCUUCAACACGUUCAUUAUGAAGUUAUUAGUAAUACUUUUAUUUUCCGGACUUAUAACUGCUUGUAGAGGUAAUUCUUCCUACAGUUUGCCACCAAAGUUACUUUUGGUGUCCUUUGAUGGCUUCCGAGCUGACUAUCUACAGAACUAUGACUUUCCUCAUCUCCAGAAUUUUAUCAAAGAAGGUGUCUUGGUAGAGCAUGUUAAAAAUGUUUUCAUCACUAAAACAUUUCCAAACCACUACAGCAUUGUGACAGGCUUGUAUGAAGAAAGCCAUGGCAUUGUGGCCAAUUCCAUGUAUGAUGUAAUCACAGGGAAACAUUUUUCUGACAUGAAUUAUAAGGAUCCUUUUUGGUGGAAUGAGGCAGUACCGAUUUGGGUGACCAAUCAGCUUCAGGAAAAUAGAUCAAGUGCUGCUGCUAUGUGGCCGGGUACGGAUAUACCCAUCCGCAACACCACACCUUCCUAUUUUAUGAAUUACAACUCCUCGGUGUCAUUUGAGGAGAGACUAAAUAAUAUUACCACGUGGCUGAGCAAUUCAAGCCCACCAGUCACCUUUGCAACACUCUAUUGGGAAGAACCAGAUGCAAGUGGACAUAAAUACGGCCCCGAAGAUAAAGACAACAUGCGCAGAGUAUUGAAAGAAAUAGAUGACCUGAUUGGUGACCUGGUCCACAAACUCAAGAUGUUAGGCUUGUGGGAAAAUCUUAAUGUAAUCAUUACAAGUGAUCACGGGAUGACCCAGUGUUCUAAGGACAGACUGAUAAACUUGGAUCUCUGCAUCAAUCGUUCAGACUAUACUCUUAUAGAUUUGACCCCAGUUGCUGCGAUACUUCCCAAAAUAAAUAAAACAGAGGUUUAUAACAAACUGAAAAACUGUAGCUCUCACAUGAAUGUUUAUCUCAAAGAGGAUAUUCCUGCCAGAUUUUAUUACCAACAUAAUGAUCGAAUUCAGCCUGUUGUUCUGGUUGCAGAUGAAGGCUGGACAAUUGUGCUAAAUAAAUCAUCAUCAAAAUUAGGUGACCAUGGCUAUGAUAAUUCUUUGCCUAGUAUGCAUCCAUUUCUGGCUGCCCACGGUCCUGCAUUUCACAAAGGCUACAAGCACAACACGAUUAACAAUGUGGAUAUUUAUCCAAUGAUGUGCCACAUCCUGGGAUUAAAACCACAUCCCAAUAAUGGAACCUUUGGUCAUACUAAGUGUUUGUUAGUUGACCAAUGGUGCAUUAAACUGCCAGAAGCCAUUGGCAUUGUUAUCGGUGCACUCUUAGUCUUAACCAUUCUAACGUGCCUCAUGAUAAUCACGCAGAACAGACUGUCUGCACCACAACCAUUUUCUCGACUUCAGCUACAAGAUGAUGACGAUCCUUUAAUUGACUAACACAUGCGGGGGUUUAUACAAAGUAUCUUUGCUUAGUCACAAAACCAAGGAUAUACCCAAGGUGUGAUAACUGUGAAAAAGGAUACUUUGAAUGACAAAGACUUUAUACCAAGCAUGCUAAAAUUAUUGUUUUGUUUUUCCUUGCGUUUUGUUUUGGUGCAUUGUUAGGUAAUACAAAAACGAAGAAGGAAAAAAAACACCCUGACUAUAGUAAAAAUUGCUAGUAAAUCAUUAGUCAACACCAACUAUUUCUCUACCUAGAAACAUUUUUUAAGAAAAAUACUGCCUGUCUUUUUUUCUUUUUGCAAUGAAGAUUUAACACAUCUCUAGAUGAAAAUAUGCCACAAUUUAGUAAGCAUGCCUUUCUAAUAAAUUUUUAUAUUUGUAAAUGAAACAA